UUGAAAGACUGGGACAGGAAGUUUAUUUCGAAAUUUACAGAGCGGAAACCAGGAUUCUCGCCAUUUUGAAGAAUCGGCCAGCCAUCGAGAGAAAAGCUAGUGGAUGUAGGGGGCUCAGAGUGUUCCACCCUAUUGGAAGUUAUGCCGAUUACCUGAACGUUUUAAAACCCUGACACCACGUUCAUUCUUAAUCGUGUUCACAUUUGGUGUAACAUUUCUAACCUAGAUUACUCUUCCAGCCAUGUCUACCGAAGCAGCCGCCGACCAGGCAGCAGAGUAUAUCCCGGAGAAAGUGAAGAAGGCAGAAAAGAAGUUGGAAGAAAACCCGUACGACCUUGACGCAUGGAGCAUUCUGAUUCGAGAAGCACAGAACCAGCCCAUAGAUAAGGCACGGAAGACAUAUGAGCGACUUGUCACGCAGUUCCCAAGUUCUGGCAGAUUCUGGAAACUAUUCAUUGAAGCAGAGAUCAAGGCUAAAAAUUAUGACAAGGUAGAAAAGUUGUUUCAGAGGUGCCUAAUGAAAGUAUUACACAUCGACCUGUGGAAAUGCUACCUGGCCUAUGUCCGAGAGACCAAAGGAAAGCUGCCCAGUUAUAAAGAAAAGAUGGCUCAAGCCUAUGACUUUGCACUGGAUAAAAUUGGAAUGGAAAUAAUGUCUUAUCAGAUCUGGGUGGACUACAUCAACUUCCUCAAAGGAGUUGAAGCCGUGGGCUCAUACGCAGAGAAUCAGAGGAUAACUGCAGUAAGGAGGGUCUACCAGAGGGGCUGCGUGAACCCCAUGAUUAACAUCGAGCAGCUGUGGCGAGAUUAUAGCAAAUAUGAAGAGGGCAUCAACAUACACUUGGCCAAAAAGAUGAUCGAGGACCGCAGCAGAGACUACAUGAACGCCAGGAGAGUCGCUAAAGAGUAUGAGACUGUGAUGAAGGGUUUGGACCGGAACGCCCCGUCGGUACCACCACAGAACUCCCCCCAGGAGGCCCAGCAGGUGGACAUGUGGAAGAAGUACAUCCAGUGGGAGAAGAGCAACCCACUGCGCACAGAAGACCAAACACUGAUCACAAAGAGAGUAAUGUUUGCCUAUGAGCAGUGUCUACUUGUACUUGGACACCAUCCUGACAUCUGGUACGAGGCAGCACAGUAUCUGGAACAGUCCAGUAAACUACUGGCAGAGAAAGGAGACAUGAACAAUUCCAAGCUGUUCAGCGAUGAAGCAGCAAACAUCUACGAACGUGCCAUCGGAACUCUCCUGAAGAAGAACAUGCUUCUGUACUUUUCGUUUGCCGAUUACGAAGAAAGUCGCAUGAAAUACGAGAAAGUCCACAGCAUUUACAAUAAGCUGUUGGCCAUCGAGGACAUUGACCCAACACUGGUCUACAUCCAGUACAUGAAGUUCGCCAGGAGGGCAGAGGGCAUCAAGUCAGGUCGCACCAUCUUCAAAAAGGCCCGGGAGGAUCUACGCACGCGUCACCAUGUGUACGUGACGGCAGCGCUGAUGGAAUACUACUGCAGUAAGGAUAAAUCUGUGGCCUUCAAGAUCUUUGAGCUGGGUCUGAAAAAAUACGGUGACAUCCCAGAGUACAUUCUGGCCUACAUCGAUUACCUCUCGCAUCUUAAUGAGGACAACAACACUAGGGUUCUGUUUGAACGUGUCCUCACAUCAGGAAGCCUGUCGCCAGAAAAGUCGGGAGAGAUCUGGGCCAGGUUCCUGGCUUUUGAGAGCAACAUAGGAGAUUUAGCUAGUAUCCUGAAGGUAGAGCGCAGGCGUUUCGCUGCCUUUAAGGAUGAGUACGAGGGCAAAGAAACCGCGCUGCUUGUGGAUCGGUACAAAUUCAUGGAUCUGUACCCCUGCUCUGCCAGUGAACUCAAGGCCCUUGGAUACAAGGAUGUGUCUCGUUCCAAACUAGCAGCUCUGCUCCCAGAGACAGUGGUGACGCCGUCCACACCUGCAUUGAAAGACGAAACUGACCGUAAACCAGAAUACCCCAAACCCGACACUAAUCAGAUGAUCCCGUUCCAGCCACGACACCUCGCCCCUCCAGGUUUACACCCGGUCCCAGGUGGAGUUUUCCCAGUCCCACCAGCUGCUGUUGUUCUAAUGAAGCUGCUCCCUCCACCCAUGUGCUUCACUGGGCCUUUUGUCCAAGUGGAUGAGCUGAUGGAGUCUUUUAGGAGAUGCACACUUCCUGAGACCGUGGACGCUGCUGUGGAACUGAUCACUGGCAGACAGCCUGACGCAGCUGGAGAAGGAAAUGGAUCCAUGGAGAACCAUACCGUUGCCAAGUCCCUCAAGAGGCCAAACGCAGAUUCAGACGAGGAGGACGACAAAGGAGCUGUGGCUCCGCCCAUACACGACAUCUACAGAGCACGUCAACAGAAGAGGAUUCGAUAAAACCCAGAGAGAAGCCAUGGUGAACCUGAGGAGAAUGUAACCUCAUCUACCGCCAGCCAUAAACGAGUUCAACACACUUGUCCAUGUCUCUGCGUGUUCUAAAUAGAUUUUCUACAUCUCUCAUCUGUGUACAGAAGACAACAAACACACAGACACUGUGUACAUCUGACUGUUCCUGUGGUCUUGAUUUUGUUGACAGUUUUUAUUUUUUAAAGACUGGUCUACAUACUGUAAAGAAAUGUUUUAAUUCAAUCACUGAUUCACUUCAUUUUUGGCUUUGUGAUCCACCAGUGUGAAAAUGUGGAAAUAAAUUUUUUUAAGUAACUGAAGAAAUUAGUUCAUUUCAAUAAAAGUGGAAAUCAGUCAAACAA